AUGACAAUGUUUGUGCCGCCCAAAAAUCAAGGAAUUGAGAUGUGGGAUGGUUCACGGACUGGUGUUCAUGGCGCAAUCGAUGUAUUCGGAGCGGACGAGGCUAUGGAAUCUGCAAAAUUUAAUAUCAAAGUCAGAGACAUAGUGAAAAACUACCAAGACAUCUAUAUUGACCUCCCUCCACGGACCAAUCUCCUUUCAGCUGAGAAUGUGACUAAGAAUUUCAAUCGUGCACGUGGUAUUGCAUUUUUGCAAUCAUUAUCAUGGUUUCGUAAGAUGAGUGACUUUUUGGAUCGCUUAGCAUUACAUCGUUAUUUCACUGGUUUAAAUGAUCAAGCAAACGAAAUCAAGCCACUCAGUCGAAUAGUACAGAACCUGAGAAUUAUUAAGAGUACUUCUGAAAUUAAAUUGAUGAGGCAGGCUGGUGAAAUCACGGGAAAGGCUUUUAUUGAGACCAUGCGAUACACGAAACCUGGUCUUCUCGAGCACGAUUUGUACGCAAAGAUAGAUUUUGAGUGUCGAACACGCGGUGCAGAGUACCUUGCCUAUGUUCCUGUCGUAGCUGGUGGUCCAAAUGCUCUUACGAUGCAUUAUGUGAGCAAUAACAUGCCUUUACGUAAUGGCGAUAUGGUAUUAAUGGAUGCCGGAGGUGAAUAUCACGGAUACGCGUGUGAUAUUACGCGUACAUGGCCAGUAAAUGGGAAAUUUACAGGGCCUCAGCGAGAGUUGUACGAAGUAGUACUCAAGGUUAACAGAGAAUGUAUAAAGCUUUGCACUGAGAAACAUGGUAUAUCUUUGAAUGGUAUACAUGAUUUGUCACUCAAACUCAUGAAUGAAGAAUUAGCCCAGCUUGGAUUCAGACUAUCAGAAGGGGAGCUCGAUCGAACGCUGUAUCCUCACCACGUUGGCCACUACCUUGGGCUCGAUGUUCAUGAUACUCCCGACUUGGAUCGUUCACGGAAACUAAAAAAAGGAAUGGUGGUUACGAUAGAGCCCGGAUUGUACGUUCCAUUCAAGAAUGAGUAUCCUGAACAAUAUCAAGGUAUUGGAAUACGAAUAGAAGACAACGUACUAGUCGGUGAGACCGAACCGAUUAUAUUGAGCGUGACCGCUCCUAAGGAAGUCGUUGAUAUACAGUAUUGUAUGGCUAAUUUAGAAGGAUGGGAUUAG